AUGCGCGCCACUUCCAUCCUCAGCGGUACCGCCCGCACUCCCCUCAUUCGCUUCGUUGGCAAGCGCUCCGUCCCUAAGUCCAUCGACCACUCUCCUCGCGUCCACCCCGCCUCUCCCACCGGCUCGCUCCCUGACUCCUUCGCCACCUACCGUGCUAAGGCUCAGCAGCACGGCCCGCUCGGUCGCUCUUCCUUCAACAGCACCAUCGGUGGCACCGCCGGCGCCUCGCUGGGCCCCGUCAAGCCCCAGAGCGGCGAGUUCUUCGAUCGUGCUGAGCUCCCCUCGCGCUUCGGCCGUCUACCCUGGACUCAGGCCGAGAUUGAUGCCAUUGAGACUGGCGGCGCGAGCAUGUUCGCAUAA